AUGGUUAGGGUAAGGUAAUGGUUAAGGUUAGGGUAGGGGGUUUAGGGUGGGGACAUCCCAAGGAUACCAGAUAGUAGGCUGGAGGGAGGAGGAGGUCAGUGGAUGGAGUAGGCAGGUUGGUGUUUGGAAGGGCAAAUGGGAUCAGUUUCAGGAGCUGAGUGAGCAGGUGAUGGCUAGGGUGGAUAAGAGCGGGGAUGGGGAUAGUAUGAAUAACUGGGUGAGAACAGCUUUAGUGGGGGCAGGUACUGAGGCUAUACCUAAGAGUUCAGGGAGGAGGAGGAAAGCAGUCCCAUGGUGGGUGGAGGAGUGUGGGGCAAUGGUGAGGAGUAGGAACAGGGCAUUUAGAGUACUGAAAAGGAUGCAUAACUUCCAACAUCUGAUUCAGUAUAAGCAGGCCCAGGCCCUGGUGAGGAGAACUAUCCAUCAGGCAAAGAGGUCAUGUUGGCGUCGGUUCUGUGACACAAUUGGAAGGGCGACACCUGUGGGAGAAGAAUGGGGGAUGAUUAAGAGGAUGAGUGGGGUCAGAAGGGAGUGAGAUUACCCUGGAGUGCUGGAUAGGAGGGAGGAUGUAAACGAUGCAUUGAAUGCACCAUUUGCCAUGGCAGAGAUGAAAAGGGCAAUAGGUAAGGCACCGUUAACUUCACCUGGGAAAGAUGAGGUGUGCUAUGUUAUGUUGGCCCAUCUUAGUGAUAAGGCACUGGAUAAGGUAUUGGUGUUGUGCAUCAGAGUGUGGGAGGAGGAGAAACUACCAGGCAGCUGGAAGGAGGCAGUAGUGGUACCAAUCCGGAAGCCAGGGAAGAACCGAACGAGGCCAACAAGCUAUCGGCCAAUAGAUUUAACAUCACAUGUAUGUAAGAUUAUGGAACUUAUUAUUACUGAGAGGCUAAUUUACUUCCGGGAGAGCAGGGGUCUGGUAUCGCCACAUCAGAGUGGGUUCAGGAAGGGUAGGGGAACUAUGGACCCAGUGCUCUGCUUAGAAGCAGAGGUCAGGAAGGCUCAGGUGAACAAGGAGACUGUUGUAGCUGUCUUUUUUGAGGUGGAGAAGGCAUAUGAUAUGAUGUGGAAGGAGGGGUUGUUAAUCAAGCUUGAUAUUAUGGGGGUAGGAGGAAUAACGUACAACUGGAUAAAGGAUUUCCUGUUUGGAAGGUCUAUCCAGGUGAGGGUGGGGAAGACUCUAUCAGGCAGCUACCUGGUGGAUAACGGUACACCGCAGGGGAGCAUGAUUAGUCCUCUGUUGUUCUCAAUCAUGAUCAAUUAUGUUUACUCUCAGUUAUGGCCGGAUAUUGGGAGGUCGUUAUUUGCAGAUGAUGGGGCUUUAUGGAAGAGGGGAAGAAAUGUGCCAUACAUAGUCAGGGAGAUACAGGAAGCAAUUGAUGAGGUAGAGCGGUGGGCAUUAAUGUGGUGAUUCAGGUUCUCUGUAGAGAACUCAGACAGUGUUCUUUACCAGGAGGAAGGUGGGAGAUGAGGUAUGCUUGAGGUUAUAUGGAAGAAACUUGGAGACGGUGGGGUCCUUCAGGUUCUUUGGGGUAUACUUUGACACUAGACUGACCUGGGCAGAACACAAUAAAAGAGUGGUGGGAAAGUGUAAGUAGGUGCUAAAUGUGAUGCGCUGUCUGACGGGGAAGGAGUGGGGGGCUGGGCGUUCCUCACUGAGGACCAUGUAUAUUGCAUUGAUUUGAUCUGUAAUAGACUAUGGCAGUAUAGCGUAUGGUUCGGCAGCCCAGACCUCAUUGGAAAGGCUAGAUGUCAUACAUCUACAAUAUUUAGUAGUCCAACUGUAGCUAUUCCUUUAAAUCCACCAUGGCUACUCCCGCCUCCAGUAGUUGAUCUAGAAGUGUUGGAUAGACUACAGAAAGAUACGGAGGGUGUUGAUCCAUCUGAUUUGUUUAAUAGAUGUCUGGAUACUGUUUAUCAGGAUUUUGUGGCCAGUUACACAGAUGGUUCCAUAGAUCCAAGGACAGGGCGCACUGGGUCAGCAUUUGUAGUGCAGGAAUGUGGGGUGGCAGUCAGGAAACGUAUUCCAGAUCAUCUGGCUGUAUAUACAGCGGAGCUGAUGCCAUACUGUUGGCCUUGCAGUGGGUGGAGGAAGUCAAGCCAGACAGAGUAGUUAUUUGCUCUGAUUCAUGUGCAGUGAUGAUGAGUCUGCAGUCCUUUAGCUCACGUAGCAGACAAGACCUGCUUUAUGAGGUACUACAAACCCAUUGCAGGAUUAGACAGAUGGUUACACAGAUAAGAUUUACUUGGGUCCCAGCCCAUGUGGGGGUGGAGGGGAACGAGGCAGUUAAUGUACUGGCUAAACAAGCACUUAGUAGUGGGGAUGUUGAUGUUGUAGUUUCAAUGAGCAAGGCAGAGGCAAAAAGCCUGAUAUGGACUGUGAUGGUGCAGAGAUGGCAGGAGCAGUGGAAUAGAGAUACUACUGCCUCUGUAGCUCAGCUGGUAGAGCACGGCGCUUGUAACGCCAAGGUAGUGGGUUUGAUCCCUGGGACCACCCAUACACAAAAAAAUUUAUGCACGCAUGACUGUAAGUCGCUUUAGAUAAAAGCGUCUGCUAAAUGGCAUAUUAUUAAGAUCAUGCAUUUAUUUCAAGUACAGAGGAAAGUCGGGGAGGGGAGGAGGCUAUUUUUACAAGAUUAAGGGUGGACACAGCCGGUUGAACAAGACAUUAAAUGUGAUAGGAAAGCAUCCAACAGGAAAGUGAUUAUUGCCAGAAAACAGAGACCGUGGAGCAUGUACUGCUACAGUGUGGGCAGUAUCAGAGGGAACGAGAGAGGCUGAGAUCUAGUAUGAGGGAGAAGGGGAUACAGGAAAUUAGUUUAAAGAGUAUAUUGAGUAGAACUUAAUUAGAUAUAGUCUCAAAUAUGUUAUAUUUUUUAAGAGGAACAGGGCUGGCAGGUAAGAUUUAGUUUCUCCCUGUUUCUGGCCCACACUCCAGUACAGUAGGUGGCGGUAAUGCACCAUAACGUUGGCUGCCAACCGCGGAUAAACCCCACCUAAGAAGAAGAUACCGCAUAGCACUGACCGUCUACUAUUUGCUCAUGCUCUAAAUCAAUUUCCGGUUCCUUUCCUCCAGCGCCAACUGCUGCGUGGUUUUGUUAAGCACACACACUUGUAUUUAGCAGCUGUUUUGUACGAGAUUUAACAUAUCCUAACAUCAUGUCGUACCCAGCCGAAGAAACCGAAGAAGUACGUAGCUAGCUAAGUACCUAUUUUAUUUUCAACAGUUUAUCUAGGGAUCAUAGUGUGGUCCAACACGGGAACGUAACGCUAGGUAACGUUAGCGACAUAACGUUAGCUAGCUAAAUUAGCUAGCUAGGCAGUUGAUUUUAUGCUGUUUUGUUCGGAUACUCACAUCACUUUUGCCUUUCGUGUGCGAAGUAGUGUUUGUUAUGAAUUAACUUUACAUAACCAACUAGCUAUCCAGUUGGCGAAAACCGAACCAGAAUCUGGGUUUACAGGAGACGUAUUCUGACCUACUAACGUUACAAACCCAGAUUAUGGUUAAGCGAAAACCACCUAUUUUACCUUGGCGGCUAAAUAAGUACCGUUAGUUAACGUUAGCUAGCGCAUAAUGGUGAAGUGAUGCUUUUUUGUCUGCUUGGCUUCUGAGUGAUUAUGAUAUCAGAAAAUAUUUGCUGUUAUCACAAAUUCAGUAGCUUGCAGAAGAAUAAUAGCAGAAACGUUUCCCCAUCAUUAGUUAUUUAGCUAACUGUAGCUCAGCUGGUAGAGCACGGCGCUUGUAACGCCAAGGUAGUGGGUUCGAUCCCCGGGACCACCCAUACACAAAAAUGUAUGCACGCAUGACUGUAAGUCGCUUUGGAUAAAAGCUUCUGCUAAAUGGCAUAUUAUUAUUAUUAUUAUUAUCUGUUUUAGAUAGACACCGGCUUCACCAACUAGGAUUUGGACUGUUGUUGAUGACAGAUCGCUAGCUAAAGAGGAAGACCUCAAUAUAUGUCAUGUUGACCAUCAUUUACAUCCUUCUCAAUCUCUCCACAGUAUGACCCUUAUUCCUACACAAAUGACGAUUAUCUCCAUACUGGUGAGUGUGUAGUUUCAUCUAGAUAUUUAAGUGCAUAAACUUGAAACUUAAAUGUCAGGCAUGUGUUUGGUGUGUAAUCACUAUAUUCCCUCCCUCCCUUUGUCACAGUUGUACCACAAAGUAGACACCAUAAAAAUAUAAUCACGUCAAUGAUUCUAUUUCUAUGGUAGACACUUACUGCACACUAUCCCACCAUUACCACUUCAGUGCAACACUAUUCCUCAAGAACGGCAGUACCUCACCCAUCCUCAAUCUUCUUACAGGUGACCCUAAAGCCGACCUGGCCUACGAGCGCCAGUACGAGCAGCAGACCUACCACGUCAUCCCCGAGGUGAUCAAAAACUUCCUGCAGUACUUCCACAAGACCAUCUCGGACCUCAUCGACCAGAAGGUGUACGAGCUGCAGGCCAACCGUGUGUCGAGUGAGAGCAUCGAGCAGAAGAUUUAUGAAAUUCAAGAUGUCUACGAGAACAGGUACCCCCCCACACACACACACACACACUCUUUUCUGUAGUUAUAUCUUAACAUUAAAACAUGUUUUCAUCUUACACAUUCUCCUCUCUCCUCAGCUGGAACAAACUGACUGACCGCUUCUUCAAGACGUCUCCCUGGCCAGAGGCUGAGGCCAUCGCUUCCCUCGUCGGAAACGGUGAGUGUGUCAGUGUACUGCUGUUUUCCUCCAGUUUGGGCACAAGCCUGUUCAGAUGAUAGUGGUAGUAGUAUAAAAUAACAUUAUUAUCCCUCCGGGGUAAAUUGGUUUUUCAGCAGAAUCAUAUCCAAAAACAACAAAAGACAUCACACAAGAAAUAGGACACAAUAUACGCAACAUAACAUGUACCACACAUUGAUUGCACAUAGUUGUGAGAGUGAGAAAUGUGCAAGGUAUUAUAGUGUAAAUUGCUAGGUAGUGUGGAGUGCAGUAGUAACAUAUCUGUUUCAAAAAAGUUAUGGCAGCAGGAGUGAAUGAAUGACUUUCUUUAUUUGUUGUUUUGCAACGGUGGGCAGAGAAACGUGGACCUAAUGGUAGGAGUUUAAACUGUAAACAGGAUAUCUAGUGUCCUUUAGGGGGUUCUCUGCUUUUUCAGAGCCCUUUGCUUAUAGAGUGGCAACCAUGUGGUUCACAAACUAGUUUGCCUCCUCUGUUCUUGUUGUUGCUCUUCUCCAUUUUUAAAUGAUGAAGUGGGAAGAAAGCAGAUAAUCUUGUGUCGUUAAUAAUUCAGAUGCUGUGUUCCUGAUCCUGUAUAAGGAGUUGUACUACAGACACAUCUAUGCCAAAGUCAGCGUGAGUAUCUAUCCAUCCUGCCACAGAACCAUUGUUUAAUCCCGAUCAGCUUUAAAAUGGAAAUCUGACAUCACCUGUCCUGGAUGGAUUCAAGCCAAUGGAGGCAUAAUGCACAGGCAAUAAUAAUGUCACUGCUUAGUGGAGUUUUUACUUAAAUAAUGCUAUUUUGUAUUAUUUUACCAUCAGGGAGGACCUACUCUCGACCAAAGAUUUGAGUCUUACUACAAUUACUGCAACCUCUUCAACUACAUUCUAAGUAAGUCUGAGUACUAAAGAUCUGUUGCCUUAAUAUAUUUUCAUAUAUAUGUUGCCUUUGGACUUUUUCUAUGUCUCACUAAUCAGGUAUAUAUUGUGUUGUAUACAGAUGCAGAUGGACCUGCCCCCCUGGAGCUGCCCAACCAGUGGCUCUGGGACAUUAUUGAUGAGUUCAUUUAUCAGGUAAAUGAACAUAGUUUGAUAUGUCGCUUGUGUAUUUUUGUUUUUCAGCUUCAAAGUGUAAUUUUCUGACCAUUUCUUCAUCAUACUAUAUGGCAUUCAUUUGGUACCCCUCUGUCUUCAAGGUGCUAAGGCACAUGGACUUGUGACUACAUUAAAAUAAGAAGUAAACAAGUUCCCUCUUGUUCCCCUAACCAGUUCCAGUCGUUCAGCCAGUAUCGCUGCAAGACAGCCAAGAAGUCUGAGGAGGAGAUUGAGUUCCUUAGGAACAACCCCAAGAUCUGGAACGUCCACAGUGUUCUGAACGUGCUCCACUCGCUGGUGGACAAAAGCAACAUCAACCGCCAGCUGGAGGUCUAUACCAGUGGAGGUAAAGAAAGAUGAUACAGCUGUAGAUGCAUUGAAUCUGUAUUGAUAUGUUGCAUAUCGUUAUAACGAUAUAUAAUUUGUAGUAAUAUAUUAUGACAUAUCAUUGCAACGAUAUGUCAUUUGUAGUGAAAUAUUGUUAAAACGAUAUAUAAUUUGUAUCAAUAUAUUGUUAAAAAUCAUUACAACAAUAUAUCUUUAAUACAGACAGCGCAUUAUCCUACACCACAGAUUACCCUCAAAUUCUUGUCAGUGAUCAACACUGAAUGGUUGAGGAAGUCCAUGGUUCGUGUGCGACAGCUCUAACGGGUUGCGCGUUGUUGCAGGCGAUCCAGAGAGUGUGGCUGGGGAGUAUGGCCGUCACUCCCUGUAUAAGAUGCUGGGAUACUUCAGCCUGGUGGGGCUGCUGAGGCUGCACUCUCUGUUGGGGGACUACUACCAGGCCAUCAAAGUUCUGGAGAACAUCGAGCUCAACAAGAAGGUACACUUGCCACUGUGUAGUAAGACUGUCUGUGUAUAUACAGUACAGCUGAAGACUUGUAUCUAUCUCUAUAUCUAUCCCCAAAUGCCCGCUCUGAUAUUUACAGACCUACAAAUUAAGGAGAGUGCAUUUGAACUGUUGAGACCCCUCUUAUCUAUAUUUGUACUCCAUAUAACACUCAUUCCAUAUUUAUCUCCAAUUUAUUCCUUAUUUUUUGUAACCCAGUCACCUUCCUUUACUUUCUUUAAUCUCUCUUACAGAGUAUGUACUCUCGUGUGCCCGAGUGCCAGAUCACCACCUACUACUAUGUGGGCUUUGCCUACCUGAUGAUGAGGAGGUACCAGGACGCCAUCCGUGUGUUCGCCAACAUCCUCCUCUACAUCCAGAGGACCAGGAACAUGUUCCAGAGGUCCACCUACAAAUAUGAGAUGGUCAGUGGCCAGUGUUUCCCCUAUAUGCAUUUAGUAGCAGCGCAACGCUGCUGUUAAAUCGUGGCCGUCGAAUCCCAAAAAACUAUGUAAUCAUUAGAAAUACAAAAAAUAAAUCGUAUCGGUAACCGUUUCCAGUGUAAACUUAAACGACUAAAACCAGAUAUGCUAAAAGUGGGCAAAGCUGUCAUCAAGGCAAAGGGUGGCUACUUUGAAGAAUCACAAAUAUAAAAAUAUAUUUUGAUUUGUUUAACACUUUUUUGGUUACUACAUGAUUCCAUAUGUGUUAUUUCAUAGUUUUGAUGUCUUCACUAUUAUUCUACAAUGUAGAAAAUAGUAAAAAUAAAGAAAAACCCUUGAAUGAGUAGGUGUGUACAAACUUUUGACUGGUAUGUAUAUGUAUUCAUUUUUAUAAUCUUUGAGAACCAACAAUCACCAAAUUAAAAGUUAGACAGUCAGGGGGAAUUAAAAAUUCCAAAAACAAUGAAUUUAGCAGUAUAGAUUUUAUGUUUGAGCAAAAUAACACAUUAGCCAUGGCAAAAUGCAUAGAAUUGCAGGAAAUUGACUUUAAAACUGCAACAUUUUCUCUCAGCUGCAUGGCAAAAUGUGUAGAAUUGCAGGAAAUUGGCUUAAAAAUGCAAUAAUUUCUCUACACUGCCAAGAUGGGGUUCUGUAAAAUGUUUACUGAAAUUCAGGCGCGCCGACGGGCCGACCGCGCCCCCUGCAACGCCCACCACCUAAGCCCCUUUUUUAUCCAGAAAAAACCCUGUAAUUGGCCUACAGCGAACACCAUAGGCCACUGUAGACACAGAACUCAAUAGCUAUUUUAAUAUGAACAUUUUAUGGGUUGCAUUUGAUCCAUUGCUUUUACUGGUAGGUCACUAAUAGGCUGAAAUAGCCUCAGUAGCCUACUUGGCCACUGUCUAAAACUGCAACUUGAAGCGAACACAGCCUCGGUGUUCAAUGUAAACGCAUGCAGGAAGUUGCACAGAAUGCUCACAAUGUUCAAUUUCCGCUCACAAGAGUUUAAAUUUGCUCAGUGCCCCAAACAUUUUGGGGGAACAUUGGUCAGUGGGCCUAACCUGUAAUAACUAUGGAUAGCUAGAUUACUAAUUGUUAUGAUUGACAUCUCCCUCUCAGAGCUGGGUCAUGAUCAUAAGGGCACAUCAUGGAAAAGUAGUCAAAUGAACACGACCCUGGUGAUCGGUUGAGUCACUUCUUCCUGCUCCUCCAGAUCAACAAGCAGAACGAGCAGAUGCACGGGCUGCUGGCCAUCGCCCUGACCAUGUACCCCAUGCGCAUCGACGAGAGCAUCCACACCCAGCUCAGGGAGAAGUACGGAGACAAAAUGCUUCGCAUGCAGAAGGGGUGAGCAAGAGAGAAAGACGCUGGGGACAGAGACCGUUAUAGGCCCAAUCCCAAAUCAACCCCUAGACCCUACUUGGAGAUCUGACACGAUUUGAAUGUUCUAAGCCAGUGGUUCCCAACCGUUGUGCUGCGGCACACUGGUGUGCCUUGAGGAACUCUCAGGUGUGCGGCGAAAGUUGGGAACCACAGGUCUAAGCAAUAUGGUGAAACUUCCACCUGGCUUAUCAGAGGGCAAGGUAGAGCUAUAACCAUAUUGCUUACACCUGUAAGGGUCUAGGGUUUGAUUUUGAAUUUGGCCAUAGUUAGUGUUUGAGACCUGACUGACAUGACUGUGCGUCCGUCCCCCACCCACCAGAGACCUGCAGGUGUUUGAGGAGCUCUUCAGCUUCGCCUGUCCCAAGUUCCUGUCCCCGGUGGUGCCCAACUACGACAACGUGCACCCCAACUACCACAAGGAGCCCUUCCAGCAGCAGCUCAAGGUGUUCGCCGAGGAGGUGCAGCAACAGGCCCAGCUCUCCACCAUCCGCAGGUAAUGCGCUAUCUUUGUGAGAGUCGGAUGAGCUGCUACACUCAUAUCUCUGUUAGGGGCCAUGAUGUUGAUUAGGGUUGACUUUAGUAGGGUACACUGUAGCAACAAAAAAAAAGUGUCUUAUUGGACAGAUAAAAUAAGAUUAGCUUUAAUGUCCCCAAAGGGAAUUUGUAUUGGAAAUUCAAGUUCAGGACCUCCCUGUUUCUAAAUGUUUCUCCCUGCUGAACACGACCCAGCUCUCUAGCAUUGCUCUCUAACAUGCUUCCUUGGUUCCCUCCCUCUAAACUCUCCCUGCUCCAUCUCUCUCCGGUCCAGUUUCCUGAAGCUCUACACCACCAUGCCCGUGGCCAAGCUGGCAGGCUUCCUUGACAUGACAGAGCAGGAGUUCCGCAUCCAGCUGCUGGUUUUCAAACACAAGAUGAAGAAUCUGGUGUGGACCAGCGGCAUCUCUGCCUUGGACGGAGAGUUCCAGUCCGCCUCUGAGGUCGACUUCUACAUCGACAAGGUGUGUGUGUGAGAGACGUGUCGUUACAGAGACUACUCGCGUCAUUUUAGAUACUGUUUAAUGUAGUAACUAUUGAAUUAACUCUUUAGAAAUAAUGUAGUGAAGUAACCGGUUAUGUGCCUGCAGGAUAUGAUCCACAUCGCAGACACCAAGGUAGCCCGCCGCUAUGGAGACUUCUUCAUCAGACAGAUCCACAAGUUUGAGGAGGUGAGAAAUGCUACAUUUUCAAAUGACUUUACAGCAGUAUUUUCAUGUAGCAACAGUCUUUGUUUACCUUUGUCGUAAUAUUUCUGUUACAUUGCAGACAUUUGCUUCUGUAUUUUUUUAUUUUUUAUAAACCUUCCCUAUCAGAGAAUAGAAAACUUAAAGGCUCCUUUAUGCUAUUAGAUUUGGUUUAACUUAAGAUACGUUUCUACUUCUGUGUGUUAUUCGCCAUGCAGUUGAACAGAACGCUGAAGAAGAUGGCUAUGAGUGGAGCCAGCACCACUGCCGCCACCACCACAACCACCCGGGCCACAUGAGUCAGAACUCUGACUUACAACCUCUACAUGUGGCCUACCUGGCUCUAUCUAUUCCAUGGCUCUCUUGGAUCCACCAAGAGAACAAUCAAUAAUGCUUUUUUUGAAAACAAAAGAUGAAGUGGUGUUUUGUUGGGGUGCACAUUGAGUCAUCGUGCAAAUAUCUAUUAUCAAACAGGUUGUACUGUGAUUAUAGUACUUUUUGCAAAUAGUACUGUAGUUAAAUCAGAACCACUAGAUGGCAACAUUUAGCUACCAUGUCCAACGUAUACAUUACUCUUUACCGUAAAAGCACCAUCAGUUAUAGGACUUCAGAGUUUUGUAUUAUAAUGUAUGUUAUUAGGUGAACUACUGAUAUUAGAUAACAAAUGUCAACUAUAAAAUGUCAUCCAAUAUCAUGAGCUGUGUAUUGAGAAAUUGUCAGCCUUCAUGUAUUUACAGACACUAAAUUAUUCUGCCGCUCUGUCGUUCGCUACAUACUUUAGUCUGAGACUGCCAUCAUUGAAG